AUGGAUGCUACGGUUGGGUUUGUGUUGGAUCCGGAGGAAAUGGUUUUUGGGGUUACUAGUGAUGAUAAUCAAAUCAAUAGUGUUCAGGUUGAGGUGUCCAGAGGUCGAGAUGGUGCGAGUUGUUUGGAAGUUGUCACUAGUUUGGAGAUGAGCGAGUUCGAACGUUCUCAGCCUCUUUUUAGCCAGCACAGUGCAACGGAAGAAAUGAAUACAGAAUACAGCGAUGAGGGCAUUUCGGAUCUCUUAACAGAACAAAAUUCAAUGCCGCUUCGUUUAUCUUGGGAACCUACACCUAUGAGUUCAGAGCCUAGUCCGAAAUGCUCGGAAAACCCCAUUCAACCAACCCUGGACUUCUAUUCAGUUGAAGCUACUCAGACGUGGACGUUCUCCCAAAGACGUACUUCAAUCGAAGUUUUACCGCCUGGCAGCACACCGAAUCUACAAACUCAAGACUACAGCGAAAUCGACACGAAACCAGCAAUAUCCCAGUCAACCACUCCGAUGUACCAAGAACUUUCCCCCAUCCCGGCUUCCAUCCGGGAUCUGUACUCUUCCGUCACCGAACAAUACAGUGACUACUGCUUCUCCUACAUGCUAGCCGCCCAGCUUUGCCAGGACACCGUUCCGAUGAACUCGUACAACUCGCUGAAACUAGGUCUCCUGCUAAGUAUCACCUCGAUCCAUCAAUCCCCGGAAGACGCGAAAGCCUUCCACGUGAUCAGUUUGGGAGCCGACACAGCUAUCUCGCACUUGCUGAUGACGUCCAUCGGUCAGCUGGCGCGUCGUUUCGUCACGGGAAUGCUGGACCCGCUGGCCGGUGGUCGUGUUCUCGAGGAUAACUUUGUUGAGUGUGGAGCGACGACGUUGGCCCGAACCGGAGUUUGCUAUAUCGGUGAUUGGUCUAUGCAGAAGGUGAGUAAUUCAACCCGGAUUCUGCGGGAAAUUGAGUCCGGUCAGGUGAUUAUUGAGAAUCACGCGAUUAGCUAUCCGUUAGAGUGUGCCAUUUGGACGAGUUGGAAUUAUACGCGGAGGGCGAAGCAGGAUAUUAGUUCCAUGGUGACGUUUUUGAACACCUUUGGAAUUCCGAUUGUUCUACCGGAGGAAACGACUAGCUCAGUGAUUGAUUUCAUUCUGGAAAAAUCGUUGGUGAAUGCACCGGCAGAGCAGGAGGCGUUAAUUUCUGAGGAUGACGUUCGACAGUUUCUAGCGAUGUUAUACUACCAGCAGGUUUCAAUUUCCGCGGAUGCGGAGAAACUGCUUAGCGAAUACUUCGUAGUCACGAGACUGAACACACCAGAAUUUCUCACUCAGGCCUCACUAUCAGCUCUUCGGAAACUGACGGAAGCCCACGCUCGGCUUUGCUUCCGUAACGUAGCUUCCCGCCUGGAUGCCGUAGUCGCAAUCAUAAUCUGCGAACGCUUCAUACAUACCGUUUUCGCUAAUGUCGGCAACGCAGCGCCUCUAGCGGAAAGUUUUGAAGGCAUCGACGACCUAGAGCAGCACUUGUACCGAUUCGACUGCUGGUUGAAGGUUUUUCUCAGAAACUCAAACCACCAUUAA